GUUCUCUUCUGCUCUGUUUCUUUUUGUGUUUGUUUGUUUCAGUUCUUCUCUUCACGUCAGUGUGGGGCGAGUGUAGACCACGCGCCAUCAUCCUCUCCGAGCACCGAUCAGGUGAAAUGGAGGGGAAUUCAAAUGGAAGACAAGGCAAAAAUAUCGUGAUUCCAAAAAUUGAGGACUUGGAUGAUGAGUUGCCACCUUAUGUUACAUUCUCAGGGGAUGUUGGGGACAAUGUUGCAAGUUCAUCUGGAGGCAAAUUACGAUCAUUCUUUAUUGGAAUGGGAUUCCUCCCACGCCUUGUUGAUAAAGUGAUAGAGGAGAAUGGUGAAGAAAAUUCUGAAACGUUAUUAGAGGUUCUCUUGAGAUAUUCUGCUCACAAAUCCAAUUGUAACUCAUCAGAUUCUUUGGAAGGCUCUCCUAAUACAAGCAGGGGUAGGAGAAGUGCCCCAAAUUUCUGUUCUGAUGGUCACUCAAAGCAGGCCCUUCAAAUAUCAAAUUCAGAGUCUUCUGAUUCUCUGGAUAGCUUAUUUGAUGAUAAGGAUCCUCCGGAGAUUUCCAUGGUCAAUCAACCAAAAGAGGAGCCUGAUGAACUUGAUGAAGUUAUUGAGGAUAGAAGGGGUUCUUUGCUAAUGAUGAAUUUCUCUGCAGAGGAAGUAGAAUUUGCCAUGCAUAGGCUUGGUGAUGAAGCGUCAGUUCCUGAGCUGGUGGACUUUAUCUUUGCUGCCCAGAUUGCUAAAAAAUUUAAAAAGGAAACGGAUGAUAUCACCUGUGAUGAUAGAGGAAAUGAGACUAACAAUGAAAAACUAUAUGAAAUUAUGGCAAAAACACUUCAGUUGCUUCAAAUGGGCUUCUCUGAGGAUGAAGUAUCAUCAGCAUUUGAUAAAUUAGGUCCAGAGGUUCCAAUUUCAGAGUUUACAAACUUUAUUUUUGCAGAACAAAAUGGGAUCGAAUAUGUCAUGGAAUAUAAGUAUCCCGUUGCUCCUACCUAUUCUAUGGAGAUCAAAGAUGAACUACAAGGGGAGUUAUAUGGUACAGCAGAAGUGAAAGUGGAGAAUUUCAGCCAUGAACCUUCACAAUCAAGGCAGGUCAACUUAGAGGAAACUUAUGGUGGUCAAAGGGUGAAGGAAGAAGAGUAUAUUGAUGAAUUUCCCAACGCUGUUUCUGACAUGAGAUAUUCCGAUUUUGUGGAGAAUGAUAGAGGUAAAAGGCCCAAGUAUGAAUAUAAUGAUGAUUCAAACUUUUGUCUUGAUUCUUAUUGGGUAGAAGAAAAGGUUGAUACGUCGAAACUUUACAAAUCAAAUCCAUCCAGGUGUCUUAGCAGAAUGGCAGCAAAGCCUCCAUUUUUCUUAUAUGGAAAUGUUUCAAACAUAUCAGACGACUCUUGGGCAAAAAUGUCUCAGUUUUUAUAUGGUAUUGAACCUGAAUUUGUGAGUACACAGGUCUUUUCAGCCUUAAAUAGAAUAGAAGGUUAUGUACACAAUCUUCCAGUUGAAAACAGGUUCCACAUCCUUCCAAAGCCACCCAUGACUAUAGAAGAUGCAAUACCACAGACAAAGAAAUGGUGGCCACCUUGGGAUUCUAGGAAGCAGUUGAGCUCCAUCUCUUGUGAAACUAAUGGAAUAGCUCAACUUUGUGAUAGGCUAGGAAGCAUUCUAGCUGAUUCUGGUGGAGUGGUCACAUCUCAACAGAAGAACGACAUUCUUCGUUAUUGUCGUGGAUUGAAUCUUUUGUGGAUUGGUAAAUACAAACUGGGUCCUAUGGAGCCUGAACACUUGGAGCUUAUCUUAGGCUACCCUUUGAAUCACACACGUGCUUCAGAGAACAAUUUGACAGAAAGACUUAAAUCACUUAAAUGCUGCUUCCAGACAGAUACAUUGGGAUAUCAUCUUUCUGUGUUGAAGCCCAUUUUCCCUAGUGGAUUGACACUGUUAUCACUUUUUAGUGGAAUUGGUGGGGCAGAAAUUGCACUACACCGCCUUGACAUUAAAAUAAAAGCUGUUGUCUCAGUUGAGACUUGUGAGACAAAGAGGAAGAUUCUUGAGAGGUGGUGGCGUAAUUCCGGACAAAAUGGGACUUUGGUUCAGAUUGAAGACAUUCAAAGGUUGACUAGCAAAAAGCUUGGGAAUCUAAUCAGUAAAUUUGGUGGUUUUGACCUUGUCAUUUAUCAGAACCCAAACACUCAGUCAAGUUCCUCAGCUUUUGAUUUUACAUCUUUUUGUGAAUCUGUACGUGUUUUGCAACGUGUAAGAGGUCUGGGUGAAAAGAAGUGAGUCAACUGACUCUUGUUGUAAUAUUUCAUUUUUGACUAAAGGCAAUCGCUGCAAAAUGUGACUUCAUGUAAAAUUUUCAGUGCAGGGAAUAUGUAAAAAAA